GUGGAGAGUAGAGACCAGAAAUCAGCAUUACGAAAAAAAAAACAAAAAAAGAAAAAAGGAUUUCUUCUUCUUCCUGUAUAAAUCCCUUCGAGUUGUGUUAGAGAGGGGUAUUUUUUCGGGUCCAGCAAAGGGGAAGAGGGAGGAGGUGCGAGAAAAUUUUUUAAAUUGGGGAUCUCUACUCUCUAGACAUGGCAAGGGAUCAAUUGCAAGUGCUUAAUGCACUUGAUGCAGCCAAAACACAAUGGUACCAUUUCACAGCAAUUAUAAUUGCUGGGAUGGGAUUAUUCACUGAUGCAUAUGACCUCUUUUCCAUUUCUCUGGUGACCAAAUUGCUUGGCCGCAUAUACUACUACAAGGAGGGUGCUACUUCACCUGGCAGUCUUCCUUCAAAUGUAGGAUCGGCUGUUACUGGUGUUGCCUUAUGUGGUACCCUUGCAGGCCAGCUUUUUUUUGGCUGGCUUGGUGACAAGAUGGGCCGGAAACGUGUUUAUGGCCUGACCCUUAUGCUUAUGGUAAUUUCAUCAGCUGCCUCAGGCCUUUCCUUUGGGAAAGACGCUAAAGCUGUUAUGGCAACACUCUGCUUCUUCCGGUUCUGGCUUGGUUUUGGCAUUGGUGGUGACUACCCUCUUUCUGCUACAAUUAUGUCCGAGUAUGCUAAUAAAAAGACUCGUGGAGCUUUUGUUGCUGCCGUGUUUGCCAUGCAAGGUUUCGGGAUUUUGGCCGGGGGGAUGGUUGCAAUUAUAGUUUCUGCGGCUUUCAAUAACGGAUACCCUGCACCAACAUAUGAGAAGGAUGCUGUUGGAUCAACUGUGCCUGAAGCUGAUUAUGUUUGGAGAAUAAUUUUGAUGUUCGGCGCAAUCCCAGCUUUACUGACCUAUUACUGGCGUAUGAAGAUGCCAGAAACUGCACGAUACACUGCCUUGGUGGCCAAGAAUGCAAAACAGGCUGCAGCUGAUAUGUCAAAAGUUCUUCAGGUUAAUUUACAGGAAGAACAGCAGAAAGUUGAACAGAAAAAAGGUGUUGAUUAUGGUUUGUUCUCUUCACAAUUUCUCCACCGCCAUGGACUCCACUUGCUUGGUACCACCACUACAUGGUUCUUCUUGGACAUUGUCUUCUACAGCCAGAACCUUUUUCAGAAGGACAUUUUCACUGCAAUUGGUUGGAUUCCAGAAGCAAAAACUAUGAAUGCCCUUGAAGAGCUUUACAGAAUUGCUAGAGCACAAACCCUCAUUGCACUAUGCAGCACUGUUCCGGGGUAUUGGUUCACAGUGGCAUUGAUUGAUAAGAUAGGGAGGUUCAAAAUUCAACUGAUCGGCUUCUUCUUUAUGACUGUCUUCAUGUUUGCCUUGGCUAUCCCUUACCAUCACUGGACUCUACCAGACAACAGAAUUGGCUUCGUUGUCAUGUACUCCCUUACGUUUUUCUUCUCAAAUUUUGGUCCAAAUGCCACCACCUUUGUAGUCCCUGCAGAGAUUUUCCCAGCAAGGCUGAGAUCAACAUGCCAUGGAAUAUCAGCUGCAUCAGGCAAGGCUGGAGCUAUUGUCGGUGCAUUUGGCUUUGUGUAUGCUGCCAAUUACAUUGGAGUGAGGAAGACACUUAUAGCGUUUGCUGUGGUCAACCUCCUCGGAUUGUUGUUCACAUUCUUGGUGCCUGAAGCCAAAGGAAAAUCCCUGGAAGAACUUUCAGGUGAAGCUGAGGAUCAAAAUGAAACUGAAACACAAUCAGGAAAUGUUUCAGUUUAAUUAGGAUACAUCAUUUAUAAAUCUACAUUUCCCACACAUAUUAUGCCUAAAUAAACUUUUCGUGAUCCUCCCUUAGAAAUAAUGACCUCAGAAUGUUCCUUUUCUUUUUAGCUUAAACUAUUAUGUCUUUCAUAUAGCUCUAUCAGGUUACGCUGCCUUUAGAUUUCUCAUGUAAAUACUGAGGUUUUAUUUUUAUGAAUAUAAAUCCGAAGCUCUA